CACUGGAGCUGUUCCUGGUGCUCUCCGCUUCCUGAAGAGCCCACAGCUGCUUCCCAGAGGCUGCCACGGAGCAAGACCAGAGCCACAAAGGCCGUUCCUGUAACUGACGCUGCAAACCCGCGAAAGCCUGGGAUGGUAGUGACCAGAGACCGGGUCGUGAAGGGUCCCACCCCUCGGAGCAGGGCGGGAGCUGUCAGCUCAGUGUGAAGACCCACCCCAGGAGCAGAGGUCGUGCGAGAUUGUGCUGUGUGGCUAGGAACCAUGUCCUGGAUUCCAGUUUGGCUCCUGCUACUUGCCCAGUGCGCAGGCGGUGGCCUUCAGCCGGCCUUGCACCAGCCGCCGUCCGUGUCUUCGGCCCUGGGGACCACGGUCCGUCUCGCCUGCACCCUGAGCCGGGACCACAGCGUGGGACUACACAGCAUCUUCUGGUAUCAGCAGAGGCUGGGCCACCCGCCCAGGUUCCUGCUGCGGUACUUCUCCCACUCCAACCAGGGCCAUGGCCCCGGGAUCCCUCCUCGCUUCUCCGGAUCCAAGGACGUGGCCCGGAACAGCGGCUACCUGAUCAUCUCGGAGCUGCGGCCGGAGGAUGAGGCUGUGUAUUAUUGCGCCAUGGGCAGCCUGGAGGAGGAGAUGGAGAGGAAGAGGGGGGAGGAAGAGGAGCCUGCGGCCUCAGGGUCCCAGGUGCCCAAGGACAGCGCACCUUGA